AUGGAUGAGGAAGCCGUAAGAAGUGAAGAUCAUCACACCACAGACGACGAAAGAAUGGAUGUCACUGGAGUGGUUCCCUCUAAUCAAGAACAACCAGAUGCCAUUGCAGAGGUUUGUCUUAGAACAUCCACUCCUAUCAAGAGAGAAGGAUACGAGUUAUUCCCCGAGGAUAUAGAAAGAACAAAGGAUGGAUUCAUGCUCAACGACAAGAUAAUCAAUGUAUAUUUCGAGCUUCUUGCCAAGCACUCAAAGGUUGGCGUGUAUGUUUUCUCUACAUUCUUCUACACAACCUUGAGUAAAAGAGGUAUUCCUUGGGUUCAGAGGUGGACUUCAGGGAUAAACAUAUUUGAGAACAGGCUGGUAUACAUUCCUGUGUACAUUCCAGGCCAUUGGAUGCUCAUAGUCUUCGAUGUUAAGAAGAAGGUACUUGAACAUUACGACUCCAUGGGAAAUGCAUACACAGAAGUGGUUCAUAGAAUACUCAGGUAUAUAAGAGAUGAAUGGAGCAGAGUACAUAAAAGUGAGCCUUCCUUAUCUGUUGAUAUCAAGAGAAAAAUACCCUUACAACGAAACGGAAGGGAUUGUGGGGUAUUCGUAUGCAUGUUCGGUAGAUACAGGCUGUGUGGAAAUGAGGUGUGGCUCUCUUCUGAUAGGAUUCCGAGAUUCAGGAAGCUGAUGUUACACGAAAUAGUGUCUGGAAAGAUCUUAUACAAUGUGUUCCAUAAGCUUGUCCAGCCGAGCUCUGGUCUAAGAGAACAUAAAGGUGAAGUUACAGAUAAGAAGCUUUUAGCCCUUGAGACUUAUGAAGAAGUCACCAAAGAGAAAGGAAGUCGAAGAUAA